CACCAACACGAGCAAAAUGCAGACGAAUAGGAGGAUGCUUGAUUGUAUCGAAGAGACAGUAGUUGAAGACAAGAACGAACACAACAUUAGCAAUCGGCGAGAUCAGGAUAUCAAGACCAACCAACCCUGCAACAUCGCAAUAAUCGCCUCGACUCACCGCAGUUGUAAGCACGGAACCUGCGCCAUCGUUGGAUACUGCAUACGCGAGGAAGUAGCAAACGCCGCAACUCGGAGACACUCAUCUCCUGUGUGUGGGCAGAGGAUAUCUCCCUUGAACAUGAACACGCCAUUUGAGCCUUCAGACACAGGGAAUUGUGAGAAAAAUGGGGAGAGUCAAGACAACAUCAGCAUAAAUCGAAAUAGGUUUGCCAGCAUCUAAUAAAUCACAUAACGACA